AUGGAGGAUAAACGUUGCACUGUCGUCAGUCACACUGAGCUUAUGCCGCAGCGUGAAUUCCACUGCCAGUUGUGCUUCGGAAAGGUUUAUAAGAUUCGUGCCCGCUAUAAAGGCCAUCUGAAGAGGAUUCAUCAUAUUACCACUGAACCAGACAAUCGCUUAUUCAACUGUUACCAUUGCCCUUGCAGCGAAUGCCGGUUCCACAAGCAUGCUCCGGGAGUAAUCGCUUUCUGCGAGAUCUCCCAGCUCCGGCGCCAUUACCAGCGACAUCACAUGGACCAAAAUACAAUUUGUCCUAAGGAUCGAGCGAGCCCAAAAGAACCCGAGGCUGUGGACCAACAACAUGCUAACCACGAGGAUGAUAAGGAGAAUAAAUCAAGGCCCAUUGAGAGGCAGAUGAAAAAGUGUCCUGAGUGCAAGAAGAAGUACUUUUUUCGCCAUCGAUGCUUUAAGCACCCAUGCCAAAAGUGUGGGCGCGUCUUCUACUGCAAGUCGGCCUUGGAGUUUCACAUGAAGAAAUCCACGCACAGCUUACGGGUGGAGGACAAGAUAUUUGUGGAUGAGAUACUUCAGUUGCUGAGCAGCAUUGAAGACGGUACUGUUCGGGACCCGCCAUUGUUAAAGGCAUUUGCGGAAAUACUGCCGGUGCUCAAAAAGAUCCAGGAGCCGUGA